AUGGAAAAUAUGCUCAUUAAGGAUAAACUUGUUACUAAUAUUGAUUCUACUACAAAUAUUGAUUCUAUUGCAAACAUUUCUACUGAUGAUGAUUUUGAUGAUGCUGGUUUAAACGAUGAUAACAAUGUUGAUUUAGAUGAUGACGAUGAUGACAACAACAACGACAACGAUGAUGAUGAUGAUGACGAGGGGGAAAGAAACAUUAUUGAUGAUGGUUUUGUUGAGGUAAAUUUGAAUGUCCCAUGUCUUGAAAAUAGAACUUUUGAUGAUUCCUUUGACGAUGCAUACAUAUGUAAUGUUCCUGAUGCUAGUUCUGCACCUCAUACUCUUGAAGAUAACCAUUUACCACUUCCUCGUGUAUCCCCUAGUGAUCAUUGUAAUGAAAGAAGUCAUGUUAGAAGUACACCAAGCUCAAAUGCAACAAGUAUUGAUGAAGAUGUUUUUUGUGUUGGUCAAUAUUUUAUGGAUAAGAAAGAGUUGAAGAUGAAAGUACACAUGCUUGCUAUACGAUGA